GGCCAUGGCGACGCGGGGACAUGGGGCUGCUGCCGCCGCGCUGCUCGCGGUGCUGUGGGCGGCGCUGCCUCCCGUCCGCGGCUUCUCCGUCCCGCUCCAGCGCCCCGCUGACUGCGGCGCCGACCGCUACUUCGACAGCUCCCGCCUGGCCUGCGCGCCCUGCGGGGCUCACCAGCGGCAGAGCGCCGGCGGUAGUUCCUGUGUAUGUGAGCCAGGAUACAGGAUGGUUUCUAAUAAUGAUGGGUUCUCUGUUAGUUGUGAAAAAUGCCCAGAAAAUAUGAGUGGAGUUACUCAAGAUGGGUGGAAUUGUAUUGCUUGCCCCAAAGGCCUGACUCCAAAUGGAAAUUGUAAAUGCCCCAAUAACGAAAUACUAGUGGAAAGAAGCAUGGAUGGCAUUUUGCUUAAUGAAGCACUGUGCAUACACUGUAAUGGAAGUGAGCAGUCAUUCUCGGCUUCAGAUGCAUCAGGAAGUMGGUGCAUAAGAUGUGAAAAAACAUUCAUCCAAGUGAGCAAAUCUUGUGACUGCAGCAACCCAAACAUUCUAACUGGGGGAUUGUGUUUCUUGGCUCAAGAAGGCCUACCCCCAAAGGGAGUUGCAACUGUUCGUUUUGCACAGCUAGGUAUAACACUAUCAUCAGCAUGGUUUCUGAAAAAUCUGCAGUCCUCAGCCUCUGCCUGUUGGUUGUACUCUAAUUUAACAGCAUGCCAAGCUCUUGGAAAUAUGUGUGUGAUGAAUAUGAACUCAUUGAGUUCUUCAAGUACUGAUGCUUGUGGUUUGUUUCAGUAUAUUUUUGUCAGUACAGCAAGGGUAGGCAUCGUUCAUUCAAUACCCUACUGGAGGCAUAAUCUUCCAUGGCUGUAUUAYGGUGACCAACCAGGAUUAGCAUCCCAAGUGCUUGAGAAAAAUAAUUUUCCUACAACCUUCAGUUUUAAGGGAACAGAUAAGGAUGUAAAGCUGAAAUUUAUUGCAGCGUCAUUUGAUGCAGCAGGAAACUUUCUUAAAUGGCAAAGUUUGGAAGGAGGCAUCUUACAGCUUUGUCCUGAUACCCAAACUAAAYUGAAUGCAGCUUAUACUUUUGGAACAACUUAUCAACAAAGUUGCAAAAUUUCAGUUUCUAAGAUUUUGUUGGAUUUUGCUAAUCCAGUCUUUUAUGACCUCUUCCUUGAAUAUAAUGGUGGCAAUGGACAACAACAUCUUUGGGCUGUGCCAGUUUUAAAUUUGAAUCUUCAAUACAAUGAAAAGUUUGUUAAUCAAGGCAGUAAUAUGAACAACUGGCUUUUGACUCGUCGAUUUUUUUUGGUGGAUGCACUUAGCGGAAAAGAGAAUGACUUGGGAAAACUGCCAAGGGUAAUUCGGAUUGCUAGCAAAAUAACAAUAAGUAUUCGUCUGGUACCCCAUACACAGAGAGGAACAAUCUACCCUCCACUAAUUACUGUCRCUUACACAGAUCUGCUUAUCCAAAAUCCUGAAACCCAGAGUGUGACGGUUUCUUUCUCAGUCAGCUAUGAAAUGAAUCAGUCAGAGGCUCAGAUUCAGACUGAUAUCGCAUUGGGUGUGUUGGGUGGACUGGCAGUGUUAUGGUCUCUUCUCAAGACUGCUGGCUGGAAGAGGCGGACAGGAAGCUCUAUAAUUGACUUGCAGACAGUUUUCAAGUUCUUACUGUUCUAUGCUGGAGAUCUUGCCAACGUCUUCUUUAUCAUCACAGUGGGCACAGGGAUUUAUUGGCUUGURUUCUUCAAAGCUCAGCAGUUUGUAUCUGUCCUUUUACCUCUUCCAUCUCAAGAAGAAGAUUUUGUUACAUACAUAGCAUGUGCAUUCAGUUUAAAGGCUCUUCAAUUUUUGCACUUGCUGGUUUCACAACUUGCUAUUGAUAUUUUCUUUAUUGACUGGGAGAGACCUAAGGGCAAAGUUCUUAAAGCAGUUGAAGGUGAAGGUGUURUUAAAAGUGCUGCUGCACCUGUGAGCAUAUGGAGGACAUACUUUAUAGCAAAUGAAUGGAAUGAAAUUCAGACCGUGAGGAAAAUAAAUCCUCUCUUUCAAGUGCUGGCAGUUCUUUUUUUUCUGGAGGUGGUGGGAUUUUCAAACUUGGCUUUAAUGGAUGCCUCUUCCAGUCUUACAAGAAGCAGUGAGAGCUAUGUAGCUCCUUGGAGCCGCAUUUUAAGAUUUGGUGUGUCUGCUGCACUCUGGAUAGCCAUUGCCAUCUUACAGGUUAUAUUUUUUGCUGUGUUYUAUGAAAGAUUUGUUGGAGAUAAGAUAAGCCAAUUUGUUGAUUUGUGUUGCGUGAGCAAUAUUUCAGUGUUUCUCUUGUCUCACAACUGCUUUGGUCAUUAUAUCCAUGGUCGCUCAGUGCAUGGACAUGCAGAUACCAAUAUGGAAGAAAUUAAUAUGAACCUGAAGAGAGAAGCAGAAAAUCUGUGUAGUCAGAGAGGUUUGUUACCAAACACAGAUGGCCAGAUAUUUCAGAUUUCCAUUUCAAGAAAAAUGCGACUGCACUAUGACUGGAUUCGUGAAACCCUAACAAGAAAACGUGGUCCUGCCAGGCUUUUGGACUCAUCUGCAAAUACUUUUGAGCAAAGCACAAGGGCUUACAAUGCCAUGAACAAAUUUCUCAGYUCUUUUAUUGAUCAUGGUCAUAAAGAAAUGGAUUAUAUUGUUAAAGAUAAGUUGCUGCUUGAACGGAUUCUUGGCAUGGAAUUCAUGGAACCAAUAGAGAAAAGUAUUUUUUAUAAUGACGAAGGACACUCUUUCAGUGAUGUUCUCUAUUAUGGCAAUGAAACAACACUGCUCAUCUUUGAUAUCCUGUUUUUCUCUGUUGUGGAUUUAGCUUCCCAAAGUUUUGUUUUAGCCGCUAUUCUAACAUAUUUGCAACAAGAGAUAUUUAGGUUUAUACGUAAUACACUUGGGCAGAAGAAUUUGGCAUCCAAAACCUUGGUGGAUGAAAGAUUUCUCAUUUAAUUAAGAAGAUGAAAAACUGUUAAGGAUUUAAUCAUGGAAAAUAUGAACAUGAUCAAAGCAUCUCUGACUUGUAGAUUAAUUGUAAUGCACUUUUCAACAAUAACAAUGUCAUGGGUUUGAAAUUUGUCAUUUUCUGUAUUGUGUGCUAUUAAGCUUUAUUUUUCUGUAUAGUUUUUUUUUUUUUAAUUUGUGAACACUAGGCCAUAGGCCUUUAAAAAGAAAGGUACAUGCAAAUAAGACAAAGUAAGCUUACUUUCAUUAAUAGAAUAAGAUAAAAAAUUAUUUUAUGGCUUUUGAUAAGAUAUGGACUGCUGAUCUUGAGGCAACAAUUUGAGCAUCUGAUAGAUAGGAGAGGUUGCCAACUCGGAAGUUCUCUGAAGAUACCUUAAAUAUUUUUCUUYUUUCUUAAAGUUAUUUUGAGGUGUAAUGUUAGGAAAUAUAUGUCAAGUUUUACACAGCACAGGAUUUGUUCUGAAUUAAGUUAGUAUUUCAGGAGAUCACUUUUUAAAGAUCACUUAUUUGCAGAGACUCCAACUUGAAAUUUUAAGUUUUCUUUCUUGUGUUACACAGUAUUGUAUAAUUCCGUCUCUUCGCUUGGAGUUUUUCAUUGAUUUUUUGGGUGCAACCCAUGUGUUUGAGGUACAGUGGUGUUACAGUGAUGUUAAAAAAGAGGCUGUGAUAGAGCAGAGGAGAUGAUUAUCAGCAUUUGGGGUUUGUUCCUGAUCUUCUGUCACCUGAUGCAAGAUGUUCAUGGAAACAACAGUAAUUAUUCUGUUCACUUUUUCCACACAAGUGAAAUGGAAGCAUUUUUUAAAAUCUUUUUAUAAGUGUUUUCACAGGUGCUCAUGUACCUUUAGUCUCUUCAUUUUCUAACUUUAUUAUCUUUAGAUAUAACAGAGACCAUCAUUUUAUCAUCAUCAUAUUUUUGGAAUUUAAACAAGUUAAUAAUUACUCAAGUGCCACUUAYUAAGUAUUAAGGGAGAUUAUUAAUGGCCUUCAAAUCACCUUAAACAGAGGUGUCUACCUCCCAUUUUUAUCACUGAAAAGUCUACUUUUUAUACUUGACUUUUUCUUUCAGUAAAUGGUCAAAUGUCAGUAGUGUUUGUGGUAUUUAUAGCUGUUACUUGUCUAGAUAAUUCAACAAGGGACUUACACCAUCAAAAAUGCCAGAAAAAUGUAAGUCAACAUCAUCUCAUGUUUAUUCUGAAACAGAGUCUGAGGACAUGAUUAGUUGAACUUAGCAGAUUUCCAGUGCAGACAUGCUGAUCUGAGGUGAAGCAGCAUUACAUUUCAGAUGGUUUUUGGCUUCACAAAGAGGAGCGUGUUCUCAUGUUGGUACCAUGUCCUACUACAUUAAACAUAGUGUAACAUGGACAUAAAUCUCACAGUCACKAUUGCUCCUCUGCAUUUGCUUUUGGUGUUGCAAAGCCUGUGUCACUUGCUACUCCAGCGCAGUAGCUAUUGACUGAUAGRAUGUCCCUGCCAGUACGGCUGUGACCAGAGACAACUGAAGAGUUGAUUUGCAGAGGGACAUGCAUUUUUUAAUGUGAGUUUAGCAUAGGCACUUUCCAUGUAAUSCUUUCCUUGCUUUUGUCUGCUUAUGGACACAAUUCUUAGUUUGAUGGUGCACACUGUGCCUCRGAAAAGGUGUGAAUACAAAACUUUUAAUAGACUGAAGUAUCCAGGAUAAAUAAAAUUAAGGUCAUUGCAUUUAUGGUGAAUGUAGUAAUUAAAGUGUCCAUUAGGUUCUGUAUCUGUUUAAACAGCCAAAAAUCCUAUUUCCACUGGGAACAAUAACUGUAUGACCUCAUUAGUUGUGAAGAUUCUUGUCACUGGUCUACUUAGAGCCAAAACUGUAAAUUAAGCUAAGGAGCCAUCUGAAAGAGUCUGCAGUUGGACAUUCACAGAGCAAAGUUAGUCUCACCUGGUGUUCGUGUAUUUCUUGGGUGGGUAUCUUUGCAUAGGUUAACUAAACUUAAAGUCCUUUUACAAGUUCUACUGCAAAAUCAGUGCACGAGAGGAAAUAAAAUCUUUGUCAUGUGACCAUAAAUGCUCAAGCUAACGGAUGUGACUAAAGGGGUGUAUAAAGUUGGUGUGGUCYAUUAAUGAGCAAGGGUGACCCUGAUGAAGUGCCCUAAUAUUAGUCUUUAGACGAAUAGAACUGUAAAUAGAACUGUGUAUCACUGUCAGUGGCCACAGGCAUGGGCUUGUUCUCUGUGAAUUCUGAUGAUGUAUUUAUGAUCAGGAAGUUUUUCCAGGGAACAGAACCACCCUUAAACAUACCUUCUCCAGAAUGGUCAGAUUUAUGACCAACUGCAGUCAGAAUAACUAAAAUAACUACACUCAGGUGAAUCAGCAAAUGUCUGAAAGCAGAAUGAAGAUGUGAUUGUGCCAUCCUUAGUUGUGUGKUUUUAAUCCAUUCAGUUUUAACCAGUUCAGCAAAAAUUGAGACAUUUCAGCAUGUGGGCUCUCACUCUGUACCCUGUUCCCAAGGCUUGUGCUAACCAGGUACCCCUUCCCAUACAAAACUCCUGCUCUGAGUUUGCUUUAGGUAUGCCUUUAAUUAUCUGUUUUAACGACCUUGCAUUUUGCAAGAACAACUGCUAAAAACAACUCUUCUUACAGAUAAAUGAUAGAUUAAUCUAAAAUCAUCCUGCCAAAACAGUUCAGUCACUUGGCCCUCUCUUUAUCCUCAGUGUACACACUACUCUGUUUUGUUUUAUUUUUCCAG